AUGCACUCUUCGUGCGGAGUUGCUGCAGCUGGUACACUCCGCCGCGAGAUCUACGGUCGCGAUGUAACUUCGAUGUUACCACUGAGCAGUGGAUGGGAUUUGCCGCAGCAUUACGAGACUCCCUCUCGUGUCCAUCAACUCUAUGCUACCAAGGUUCUAAAUGAAUCCUACAAUCGUCUUAGUGCGAGGAACGCCGAUGGCAAGACGUACAUUUGGCAAAAUAUCAAGCCUCCAUCAACCAACAAGCUUCUUAGAACACCAAACAAGUCAAAUCAACGCUUUCACUACAACAACUCGUUCACCUCAACCAACUUCAACCCAACAUCUUCAGCCAACAUGCACGCCUUCACCAUCUCAGCAUUCGGCCUCUUCGCUGCCAUUGCCGCUGCCCAACAGUACACCCAAGUCAUCACGAACAACUGCGCCGACCCUGUAUACCUCACAUACACCGACGGGUCCGGAAACGUGGGUUCGACACAAGAACUCGACAAUGGCCAGACUUUCAGUGGAACAUACAGUGGCAGCGGGAACAGCUUCGGCGUGACCACCACCAGCGACUACUGGAGUAGUGACAAGUUCGUCCUUGGCGCCACAGCAGCCGGCGACAGUAACCUUUACUGGUCGGUCAGCGAGACUGGCGACAACGCUCCCCAGAGCUUCAGCGUUGUUCCCAACAACCAGAACGAUGCGACGAGCUGCAUCGAGGUCGAUGGUUAUGACGGUGGUGCCACGCACGUCUGUGGAACGAACGAUGAGACCUUAACCCUGACUUUCUGCUAA